AUGACUGUUGUUCACAUUGUCCUCUUCAAAUUCCGCGCCGAAGUGGAUGAGUCCCAUCGCCAAACAUUCAUCAAUGAACUCAAGACUCUCAAAACACUACCAUGUGUCAAGGACCAACGUCUAGUAGUAGGCGGACCAUCCAUCACGGAUCCCAUCGCUCGUAGCAAGGGCUAUCAAAUUUGUCUAUUGAGUUUCCACCAAAACCCCGAUGCAUUGGCCGAGUACCAAGCGAGCAGUGAACACCACAGGGUAACAAGUCAGUAUUUAUGGCCGUACGCGGAGGAUGUGACGAGGUUCGACUUUGAGGUUGAUGAGAAGGAUGAGGAUUCAUUUGAGACGAGUUUCGGUCUUGUUAGAUAA